CACCAGAUCCAUUUGUAGCAAGGUCCAUCUCCAUAAUAAUCUCGACCAGCCAGAAGAAGCACCACCGAGGGGCUGAUAGCAACCGCCAGCCGCAACCAUGAACGGCACAGAGGGACCCUAUUUUUAUGUCCCUAUGGUUAAUACCACUGGUAUUGUCCGGAGUCCUUAUGAAUACCCUCAGUACUACCUUGUCAACCCUGCAGCCUACGCUGCUCUGGGCGCCUACAUGUUUUUCCUCAUUCUCGUCGGCUUCCCCAUCAACUUCCUCACCCUCUACGUCACCAUCGAACACAAGAAACUGCGAACCCCUCUAAACUACAUCCUACUCAACCUUGCGGUGGCUGACCUCUUCAUGGUGUUCGGAGGAUUCACCACAACGAUGUACACCUCCAUGCAUGGCUACUUUGUUCUCGGACGCCUUGGCUGCAAUUUGGAAGGAUUCUUUGCUACCCUUGGUGGUGAGAUCGGUCUCUGGUCACUGGUUGUGCUGGCUAUUGAAAGGUGGCUGGUUGUCUGCAAGCCCAUCAGCAACUUCCGCUUCACUGAGAACCACGCUAUUAUGGGUCUGGCCUUCACCUGGGUCAUGGCCUCUGCCUGUGCUGUUCCCCCUCUCGUCGGCUGGUCUCGUUACAUCCCAGAGGGCAUGCAGUGCUCAUGCGGAGUCGACUACUACACCCGGGCAGAGGGCUUCAACAAUGAGUCCUUUGUGGUCUACAUGUUCGUCUGCCACUUCAUCAUUCCUCUCGUUAUUGUGUUCUUCUGCUACGGCCGUUUGCUCUGCGCCGUCAAGGAGGCUGCUGCUGCCCAGCAGGAGUCCGAGACCACCCAGAGAGCUGAGAGGGAAGUCACCCGUAUGGUCAUCAUCAUGGUCAUUGGCUUCCUGGUAUGCUGGUGCCCCUACGCCGGCGUGGCCUGGUACAUCUUCACAAAUCAGGGUACUGAGUUUGGACCUCUCUUCAUGACCGUCCCAGCUUUCUUUGCCAAGAGCUCCUCCAUCUACAACCCACUGAUCUACAUCUGCUUGAACAAGCAGUUCCGCCACUGCAUGAUCACCACCUUGUGCUGCGGGAAGAAUCCCUUUGAAGAGGAGGAGGGAGCCUCCACCACUGCCUCCAAAACCGAGGCCUCCUCUGUGUCCUCCAGCUCUGUGUCUCCUGCAUAAAUGGAGCAACUGGCAAAGGCUCCAUAAUCCACUAUCCAAGAAGAAGACUUCUGCCCCCCCAGGGAAACGACUGAAGGCUAAUGUCUACAGCAAUACCUUCCUCUUUUUUAUUUUUACAAACGACUUGGUUCAACCUAAAGACAGUUGCAGGAAAGGUCAGCCCAUUACAGAGUUGUUCCUGUAUGUACAGAAUAUCCAACUUAAUCUAUGAGUCUUUUUUUUCCUCAGAUGAAAGGAAAAGAGAUGUAACAGAUGUAAAAGAUCUAACAGUUGGAUCCUAUAUGAUACUGGCUUAUUUUUGAAUGUAGAGGCAUGUAAUCAAGGCAACGUAAAAUAAAUCGCACUUUGCAAAUGACUCAUCCUGUUUAUGUUUUAAUUAUAACAUGGGUGGAAAAGUUCAUAUGACUGUAGUAUAUUUAUUCAAAUAAAUAAAUGUGAAUGACCUAUUCAAAAUGCA